AUGCUUUUUUCAUAUCCUGCAUCGGCUGCAUCGGCCGCUUGCAUUUCCUCCAAUUGGGUUUUCACCAUCUCAGGAGCUCGAAUUCCUGGCACAGCACCAGGGGGUCAGUCUGUCACGCGAGCCGCCCUGCGCUGGUCAGUCCUGUGUUCGCCGUGGCCCGGCUCGGCCUCCGUGGCCGACCGGCACCGGUUGGGGCCGACCGGCACAGCGCAGGUUCCGUGCGAAGUGGUGCCGGGCAUCACCAGCGCCCUGGGCGCGGCGGCCAGUUGCCAGGUGCCCUUGACCCAUCGCGGCUUCAGCACGAAUCACGUGCACCUCUGCGUGGGGCAGAGCAAGGCUAAGACCCUUCCGGACAUGGACUGGUCUGAGAUGGCGAAGCGGGCCAUGAAGCAGACGGCGGUCUUCUACAUGGGCUUGAAGCUACUGGACCAGAUUUCGACCACCUUGAGGGCAGAUGGCAUGAUGGAGGCGCCCUGCGCGCGCCACAUGGCGCGCGAAGAGCAUCGCUGCAUCAUUUGCAUGGCCUCAGAUGGCUGGCAAUAUGUGGCGCUGCAUCUGGACGCUGGGUCGACUGAGACAGUCUAUUUGGAUCUCUUCUCCUUGGAGCUUUUGGAGGAGACCGCCUGGCGCCCCCGGGCAGUGCCCUACAGCGAGAUCUUGGCCUCGCACACGGCCUGUGGUAGCUGCUGGGCGGAGUGGGCGAAGCGCCAGGUGGCGCGCGGAAAGUGGCCCAGCUGCCCCAUGUGUCAGCGGCGUGUGGAGGUGGAAGAAAGCUAUGCAGAGGCCAAGUGCAAGGAGUGCCUUGAGGUGGUCUUGAAGAGAGUGAAGUUGACGAAGAGCGUUUCAAGGCCCAAGUGCCAAUGGUUUAAGGUGUUUUGCGGCCUUUUCGUGGUCUUUUCCCUGUGGAAUCUCUACUGGGUGACCCUCCAAGUGGCGUUAACCUUGAGCUCACCCGGUUGGGUCAAGGAGCUCCCCCCUGCGCUCCGCCUAGUACUUUGCAAUGACGAAGUCAAAGCGGUUUUAGAUCUCUUUACAGAGGAUCCAGUGCUGAAGCUUUCGACCUCCUUUCUCAAUGACAUCAUCGUGGAAGGAUGCAAGCAGCGGCCCUGGUGGUCGCCCGAGCCGAGAAAGGCGCUUUCAGCAGCGGAGAAGCCGCGCGAAGAGCUCUGA